CUUUCCACAACGCUAAACAUGUCAUCUCAAGCAACUAAACGAAAAUUUGGCUCUGAAUUCUUGUGUCGUGUGCGUUACCGCAAUAAUCUACCACCAUUGCCUUUCGCACCCAAGCUGAUCGCAAUGCCCUCAGUUGCCCAGCGACAUGUGAAAUACGAAAGCACAAGUUUGAUAGAAAAUACUCAGUAUCCAUUACUGAUUGAUGACGAAGAACUGGGAAUGCCCAUAGACAGCGCUUUGAUUCAGUAUUUGAGCGAAACAGACGGUGAUCGCGACGCUCGACCGACUCAGAAUAUUAGAGAUGAAGACAAAGCGCUUAUGGUUCCACCGAGAGAAGACACACUGGCGACUACUGCAGGAGGCACUCGCCGUCCACUAGUUACUUGGUUGCGUCGUUCUGAAUAUAUCCAAUCCGAUUCACGCACUGCUACCGCCAAAUCUGAGACAAUAGAAUCUAACUUUGCUUAUUCUGCCCGCACUGCGCCGCAGCGAAGUUACGAAACGCGUGAAGAGCAGCUUGAAGCCAUUGAACGCUCAUUUGAACCUCCAGUACAGUUUCAGCAUCCACGUAAAAAGCAUCUCAAAGUCAAGGCAACAUACCCCAUCCUUCCAGACACUACUGUUGAAGACAAUGUGUACACCAUUGCACAGUUUACAGCUAACCCAAGUGCUGACGAUCGCCAGACCAAGGACGUUCGCGACGAUAACACUGAGCGCGGUAUUUUCCGCCCCAUUUCUAAUCCCCAUGACCCAACGGACAGCUAUUUGAUUUGGUUUUUACCUGAUAAGGAGAGUAGUGGACGAUUGAAGCGCAAGGCAGAGCAUCCUGAUGAAUCGUAUGGUGAUAAGCCUCUCAAAUUUGACGCUAUUCGAGAUUACACCUACAAAAAUGAUAAUGCACCUGAAACGCAGCAUUUGCUCUUUGUGUUGAAGGAUGGUGAAGAGACACAGGCUAGUUACACCAUCAUUCGAAGCAAGAUGACUGCUCGUAAGAAGCGUGCUCUUAGCAAACGGUAUCAAUACGAAGAGGAUUAUGAGAAGCCAGGAACUCUCAGCAUUCGGUACACGGAACCUGAUGAUACACAAAAUGGCAUGGAGGUAGACGAAUAGAAUAUGUCAUCAGAUCAUUGUAGCUAUAACGCUUGCCUGCGUUUGUAAUUUUAGUAAUGCAAAAAGUACAAAGUUAUAUUGUAAGCCGAGUUGCUUCUUACAAAGCUGUAUCGCGCUCUAUAAAGUGAAUUGCUGUUAAAAAUCCUCUAG